AUAUAAAAGUACACCAUUUACCUCAGCGCUUCACACAGAAAAAACAGAGCCCUUGUAAUAUUUAUUCAGCGUUAAGUUGUAAGUCAGCUGUAACUCACUGAACUUGCUUGCCUCUUUAUUUCUUUCAGCACAUGAAGAACAGAGCAAUGAUGGCUGGUCUUACUAAAGUGACAUUACUUUUUAUUGUCUCCACGGCAGCAACAGCGUUGGCGCGUGUGGUGAGGCCUGUAUCAGCUGAUUUUGAGGCCAUAAUAGAAGAAGCCAAACGGAAAAGGGACGCUACUACACAACAUGACUGCCCGCUUGGCUGGGUGAAGCUGGAUGGACGCUGCUUCAGCUAUCAUGCCAGCAGCAUGGACUGGGCUUCUGCCGAGAAUUACUGUCUAAAUCAGGAUGCUAACUUGGUCUCAAUACACAGUGAAACUGAAUACCAGUUGAUCAAAGCCCUUAUUCGUGCUCAUGACCCUGCAGAGAAACCUGUAUGGAUUGGCCUUUCCUGCUGUCAGAAGAGGAAUAACUGGAUGUGGUCUGAUGGUACCAAAUUAACUUUCACCAAAUGGAACCCAAAUGAACCCAGUUCUGAAGAAGAGUGCUGUGUGCAUAUGAAUUGGUCUGACAAAAAAGACUGGAACGACAUUCGUUGUGAAUCAAGCUAUCCCUUUGUUUGUGUAAAGUGGCCCACCAGGGAUUGUAACAGCCUCAAUCCAUUCUUUCCUGUUCAGAACAACUUUAUUAACUGGCAACAAUACAUUUACAAUGCCAAACAAUGACAACUUAAUGUAAUAUAUGUAUGUGUGUUAUUAAGUAUAAAUAAUACAAAUAAAACAGUUCACUGGAAAACUUAA